AUGGCGGAUGUCGAUAUGACCGACGCUCCGGCCUCUACGGAUGUCGUAAAGAAGAACACUGCUGUUGUCGAGACUAAGGCGAAGAAGGCAGAAGGCAAGCCUCGCUUCGAGGUCAAGAAGUGGAACGCGGUGGCCCUCUGGGCUUGGGAUAUUGUAGUUGACAACUGUGCUAUCUGUCGAAACCAUAUCAUGGAUUUGUGCAUUGAGUGCCAGGCGAACCAGUCAUCCGCCACCUCAGAAGAGUGCACAGUUGCGUGGGGUAUCUGCAAUCACGCGUUCCAUUUCCACUGCAUUUCGAGAUGGCUCAAGGCCCGUCAAGUGUGUCCUCUUGACAACAGAGAUUGGGAGUUCCAGAAGUACGGCCGUUAA